AUGGCUCCCACCACGCUGUCCGCCUCCCACCCCUCACCCAAACGCAAGCGCGAUCAGCCGCCGUCCAUCCCGCUUCUAAACACCGCUCUCCGACCCGCCUCGACUCCACCCACCGGCAGCCCCACGCUCAGCGGAAGCGACAGCCCAAGAGAUGGUGUCGCCGACCAACUGCGGGGCAUGACCUUGACUGGCAUCACCGCGAUUCCCAUGAAUCCGCUCUCGCCGACGGACGACACAGCGCACAAGAAGCCGAAACUGGAGGUGGGGAGAGCGAAUGGUGGGAUAUCGCUUGCCGGACAACUCAAAGGACCAAAGAACAAUAUCGUUCAGGCGGCAGGUGCGGAAGAUACGAAAACCACCACAGCAUUGAGAUCUGGCGAGAGAGAGAUACCAGAGACGCCUCAGGCAUACACACAACCCCGCAUCCUCUCAGACAUUGCUGCUUUCGCACGACCCACCGCUUUCGUUUCGUCACCCAUCAAUACAUCAUCGGACAAAAAGCAAAUAGCAAAUCAGGGUUCUUCUGCAAAUGACACCGCAUCGCUACCCCGCCAACGCAAGAAGUCACCAUCGCCCCCGCUUUCAACGCUCACGUGGCAGGACAGUGAAAUCACCGGCCAUCUUGCCGAUCCCUCCAAGGACCCCGACGAUGACGGGACUGGAAUAAACGGCAUCGGGUUCAGGCCUACACCAGCAAUUGCCUAUGUUCGCGCGCAGAAACGAAAACAGCAAAUUCUUGACUGGAAGGCACGAGAAGCGAGGGAAGCCAGAGCUAAGAGGUCUGAGAGACGAAGAAGGGGUAUUGGAGGGAGGUCCUCAAGAGAGCCGACGAUCGAAAGGGAAAUGCCUGCGAGUACGAAGAUUGACGCUCGUCGAUCUGUGAAGUUCGCCGUAUGA